AUGGCUUGCCACGCCCACCAUGCGCAACAGCAAGGGGGAUACCCAGAGCAGAACUAUGGGCCUGGUGCCAAAUGGAUAAAACAUUUGACGCAGAACCGACUGGGUACCUUCACCGGCGGACACUUCGCCGACGUUAACCUGACCUCGAUCCUCUUUACUCAUCGUCUGGACGAUGAUAACCAUGUGAAGCUGCAGGUAUGGAGUGCGCCGGGGCUGACCAAGCCGACUUUCGAGGAAGCAAUGAAGCAGAAAUUCAAGCCCGCGAAGAAGGGGGAUUCUUUUGGGCCGUCCUGGACCAACCACUGGUGGAAGGUCUCCGUGAACAUCCCGUCGUAUUGGGUGCAGUAUGAGCGUGUACAGUUCGAGUUCGAUCCUGGCUGCGAAGCCAUGAUAUACACCACGGAUGGUGUGCCCCUUCAAGGGAUUACGGGAGGGUUUGGCGGGGAUCGUCGCGUCGACUACAUCAUCCCUAGGGACACUGUCAAGAAGGGCAAGCUCGACUUUAUCAUAGAGUCCAGCUGCAACGGCAUGUUUGGUGUGCCAUGGAACGGAGACACCAUCGCCCCUCCCGACAUGAACCGCUACUUCCAGCUCGCGUCUGCCGACUUGGUCGUACCCAACGAAGAAGCAUGGCGAUUGAUGGCGGAUUUCACUACCCUGCGGGAAAUUGUGGACACCGUGCCCGGCAACACGCCUCUGCAGAACCAGGCGCUGACAGUUGCCAACGAGAUCAUGAAUAUCUUCGAUAAGGGUGAGCCCAACACCGUCGAGGAGGGGCGGAAGGCCGCGGAGAAGGUAUUCGGCGAACGGUGGGACAAGAAAGGCGAGAAGAUAUAUGAAGAAGGGCCAGAGAGGCCGCUCGUGUGGGGAAUUGGACACUGUCAUAUCGACACUGCCUGGUUGUGGCCCUAUCGCGUCACCCAGCAGAAAGUAGCUCGCUCUUGGUCCACACAAGUAGACUUGAUGGAGCGCUACCCGGAGCAUCGGUUCACCUGCAGCCAAGCGCAGCAGUACAAGUGGCUGGAGCAGCUCUAUCCUCCUCUCUUCGACCGUGUGAAGGAGAAAGUGCUGUCUGGACAGUUCCAUCCUGUCGGGGGCUCUUGGGUCGAAAACGACUCCAACAUGCCCUCGGGCGAGGCCCUUGCCAGGCAGUUCGUCUUCGGGCAGCGGUACUUCGAGAGCCGUUUUGGCAAGCGAUGCGACACAGCAUGGUUGCCCGACUCUUUCGGUCUGACUGGAGCGUUGCCCCAGCUCAUCAGAUUGGCGGGUAUGAAGUACUUCUUUACGCAGAAGUUGUCUUGGAAUAAUAUCAAUACAUUCCCUCAUUCUACGUUUAACUGGGUUGGUAUUGACGGCACCCAAGUCCUGUGCCAUAUGACUCCAGUUGAUACAUACACGGCCCAGGCAACUGUCGGCGAUGUGAACAAAGCCAUAACAAACCAUAAGAAUUUGGAAUCGAACGACACUGCACUGCUAGUAUUCGGAAACGGUGACGGUGGAGGAGGACCGCUGUCAAAGAUGUUGGACAACCUUCGGCGAAUCCGGGCUACCACCAACAACCAUCGCGAACUUCCACCAGUUGUGAUGGGCCGCUCUGUGGAGGACUUCUUCGACGACGUAGCGGAACGGUCCAACCAAGGCAAAACGCUGCCUAACUGGCAUGGCGAACUAUACCUUGAGUUUCACCGAGGCACUUAUACGUCCCAUGGGUCAAUUAAGAAGGGAAACAGAAAGUCGGAGAUUUUGUUGCGAGACAUUGAGCACGUGGCUACGCUGGCAUCCUUCCCGGCGUUCGCUGUCAAGGAAUAUACCUAUCCGAAGGACAAGAUUGAUGUCUGCUGGGAGAAGGUCCUGCUGAAUCAAUUCCACGACGUGCUUCCCGGUUCAGCGAUUGGUAUGGUCUACGAAGAUGCCGAAAAGCUUUAUGCAGAAGUGCGCAAAGACGGAAAGGCGCUCCUUGAAGAGGCCUUCGAGGCGAUCUUACCUCGCUCAGCUCCUGCGACCUCCGAUAAUCUAGCCAAACUGCGCGGCCAGGGUGACCUAGUUGCUGUUAAUACUACCUUCUUCGCUCGCCAGGACGUUGUCAAAGUACCACUCACUGGAGCCGGUUCCCAGUUUAAGUCACAGGUCGUGCAGACGUCUAAGGAUGGCACCGGCUACGCUCUCAUGGAAUGUUUGGCGGAUAGCAAUAUCGCGCUUUGCAAGGGACUUUAUGCGGAUAGUAUGCCGGUAUCAGUCUACACGAAUGGCUCUGGCCACUUUGUCUUGAAAAACUCGAGUGUCCAACUUACAAUCUCAGGCGGACGGAUUACCAGCCUUCUGGAUGUACAGCUUAACCGAGAGCUCAUCGCGAAAGGCGAGAGUGGCGGUCUCGUCAUCUUCGAAGAUCGUCCCAACUACUGGGACGCAUGGGACGUCGAAAUCCAUCAUCUGGAGAAGAGGCGCCCAUUGGAGUUUGCGAACAUCUCGGUUACCGCGGAGGGGCCUUUGCGUGCGUCCAUUACAUCAGAGUUCAAGUAUGGACAGAGCACUAUCAAUGUCACGAUCUCUCUGGAUGCCGUAGCAGCAACUACGAGACCUGGUUCUCGUUCAAUGUUCACUUUUGAUGCAGUCGUCGACUGGCACCAGAGACAUGAAUUUUUGAAGUUCGAGGUGCCACUGGACAUCCACAACGAGAACGCCAUUUAUGAGACUCAGUGGGGUUAUGUCCAAAGACCCACGCACAAGAACACAAGCUGGGAUUCCGCUAAGUUCGAGGUGUGCGGGCAUAAGUACGCGGACUUGAGCGAAUUCGGAUACGGUGUCGCGCUGCUGUCUGAAUCCAAGUACGGCUUCUCUUGCUUGGGUAACGUUUUGCGCAUUUCUCUUCUGCGGGGAGCGACAGCGCCGGAUGCGGAGCAAGACCAAGGGAAACACGAGUUCUCUUGGGCUGUUCUCCCUCACGCAGGACACUUCCUGGAGUCCGACGUCCCGCUAGCCGGCUACCUCUUUAAUUCGCCUCUUCACGUGCGAUACGUGCCGCGGGAGAGCAGGAACCUGCUCGAGAAGAUGAGGAAGCCAUUCACGAUCGAAGGGGCUCGAAAUGUCUACCUUGAAACGAUCAAGCGCGGCGACGAUGACGACUUCUCUUCCACUGAUAUUACCAAGACGAUCGUGCUGCGACUCUAUGAAGCCUUCGGCGGGCACGCGAAAGUGAAACUCAGAGUCGCUGGCUUCGUGAACGUCGCGGCUGCCUAUGUCACUAACCUCCUCGAAGACACGGGUGAUGAACUGAACGUCCUUCGCGCUGAGAGUGAUAUUGCGCAGGGCGCUUCCAUCAAUUUGGACUUCCAUGGCUUCGAAGUCAAGACUGUCAAGCUGGUGAUCGGAUCCGGAGAAUCUGCUCUUCCAGAGGAGUCCUCGGAGAAGAGGGAUAGCUGGGUCAGCGUCGGUAAACCGUGAGGCAUGACACUUUCAAAGCUUCACACAUGUACCAGGAGGUCCCGUGCAAAUUGCGGCUUGAUGCUGUGACAGGAGUUGUAUGUUGUAUUGUGUUGUGCUCUCAAUGGACUUGCCGUUUUCUGGACGUGCCCGACAUCACGGGG